AUGAACCACCCCACCUUCAACAACAGCAAAUUCGGUCAGUUGAGAAGCACAGGAAAAGUCAGAGGCUAUGGUCAAGCAAGCCUAAUGAGAAAUCGAGCUACGAGGGUGGGUCGGUACUUCAGAAGUCUAAGAGUUGGCCAAGACAACAACAGCUUUCUUCGCUUCCAAAAGAUCCCAGUGAAAGACCGCUUAAUGAAGAGACUCGUCCGGAAGAUCGACUUUGGAUCCGCCAAGUUCGGCCAAGCCUACUUCCGGCGCUUGCGAGUAGGCCAAACUCACAAUGACUUUCUCAAGUAUAGGAAAGUCGACUUGAGAAGGCCUCAACCGGGGCGAACCUACCUCAGAAGCCUUCGACUUGCCAGCAACUCCAAGUUUGACAAGUUUAGGAAGAUCCUCUCCGACGCAGAUGGCGACCUCAAAGCACGCAGGAAGAAGGAAAGGAGAAGCAGCAAAGACUUGAAGGAAGACCAUUGGAAGGUUAUGUCCAAGAAGACACCCGAACAUCUCGCCGCCGAAGAAAGGGAAGAAAAGCUAGCGAAAGGAAUCCCCGACCAUUGGACGGUCGAGCAAUGGGAGUACAUCACCAAGUUUCCGAACCACAGGACAGCGGAGGAAUGGAAGAGAAUGAGGAACUUCUCGAGUAAUCUUGGCCACAAGCGAGCUGUUGCGAAAGCGGUCGAGCUUGAAACCUAUCAAAUAUCCGACCUGGUGCUGGAGCUGGACGCCCACGACAAUCCCUUUGUUCGUCCAUUCAACGCAAACGAUGCAGUCGAGCAGAGAGAGCAGUGGCCGCACCUCGACCCAGAUCAACAGGAAAUUGUCAGACGCGCGAUCUCUGUCGCCGAAACCGUUGCUGACUCCAAAGCAAAAUGGAAGGCACAGUUACGGCCAUUCGAUUACCGUCGGUUAACAGAACGUGAUGUUCUUUCAGUGGCAUUUCUCGGCAUUGCUGCCUCUGAGGAUGUCCCGAACUCACAAGGCAGCCAUCAAGCAGUACUGGAACCAGGCACCCACGAACCACCUUUCGGCUUCCUCAUCACGUCCGACCUCCGCGACAUAGGCAUACCCGACUCGUACUCGACCUCUACCCAGCGCCUCACCAGCCUCCUCCUCCAUCGCAUCGAGAAAGCUCAAUACCCAAUCCACCAGGAAGUCAACUACUCCCCCUCCUCGCUCUCAGAAGCCGUGAAUCAGUAUUCAUCCUUCCGUCAACUCCGCCGCAUCAUCGCUCCCUUGCUUCACUCUGAAGAAGGCUGUUGGCUUGUCUCCCAGUGCAACGAUGCCAUUCUGGUAGCCUGCACCAGGGAUGGGUAUCAGGUUGAUGACAAGUACUACGUCUCCACGAUCUUUGUCUUUCUCAGAUCCAUCGCCAACCGUUUGGCAAUGGUUGAUCUGAAUUUCGAAAUCCCGGCGGACCUUUGGCCUACUAAGUACGCUGAUUUGUUUUUUCUCGAGUGUCCGGAGCUGGUAGAAACAGAAAAAUAUGAGGAGGACGGCGGAAGUGAUACGCAGCAGCUUGGAGAAGGACAAGGAGAAGAAGGAGAAAAUGGAGGCUCAGAGAAGAACACGGAUUAG